AUGUCAGAAGAAAGUAAAGUUAAAGUAGAAGAAUCAAAAGUUGAAGAAUCAACUCCUCAACCACCAACUUCUAACGUUUUCUCAAUGUUUGGUGCCAAAAAAGAAAAGAAAGAAGAAAAGGAUGAUAAAGAAGAUAAAGAAGAACCUAAAGAAACUAAAAAAGAUGAUGAAGAAGCUGAUGCUGAAGAAGAAGCUGAUGUUCAUUUUGAACCUUUAGUUCAAUUAGAAAAAGUCGAAGUUAAAACCAAUGAAGAAAAUGAAGAAGUUUUACAUAAAGUUAGAGCUAAAUUAUUUAAAUUUAAUGGUGAAACUAAAGAAUGGAAAGAAAGAGGUACUGGUGAUGUUAAAUUCUUAAAACAUAAAGAAACUUCUAAAGUCAGAUUAUUAAUGAGAAGAGACAAAACUUUAAAAAUUUGUGCUAAUCAUUUCAUUUCUCCAGAAUAUAAUUUAACUCCAAAUAUUGGAUCUGAUAGAUCUUGGGUUUAUUCUGUUACUGCUGAUGUUUCUGAAGGUGAACCUGAAGCUCAAACUUUAGCUAUUAGAUUUGGUAACAAAGAAAAUGCUGAUAAAUUCAAAGAAGUAUUCGAUGAAGCUAAAGAAGCCAACAAGAGUAAAUAA